UAUGACUUGUUGCGCGUCUCCGUUCCGUUUCCUUCUUUUUAUCUUCUUUUCGACGGGUCGGGGAGGGUUUUUGGGAACGGAAAUUUCGGAAUAAGAGGAGAAGGAAUCAAGCUGCGGUCGGAGUGGUGAGAAGAAGGAAAAGGAGGAAGAAAGGUGAGGUUCGUGCUUUUUUGAUGGAAUACGAUUCGAGGAGGCCGAAGAAAAAUUGAUUGGGGAUUCUCUGACGUCUCUUGUUCGGCGAUUAGGGGUUUCGAAAGAGGGGGGCGGGGGAAGAGGAUUUAGUCGGUUGGAUUGGUCGGAAUCAUGUCGCAGAAUAACUGGGAAGCGGAUAAAAUGCUGGAUGUUUAUAUUUAUGAUUAUUUAGUGAAGAGAAAUCUGCAAGCAACAGCAAAGGCCUUCCAAGCUGAAGGGAAGGUAUCUUCUGAUCCCGUUGCAAUUGAUGCUCCUGGUGGUUUUCUCUUCGAGUGGUGGUCUGUUUUUUGGGAUAUAUUCAUUGCAAGGACAAAUGAAAAGCAUUCUGAUGUCGCUGCAUCUUACAUAGAGACUCAACAUGCUAAAGCAAGAGAGCAGCAGCAGCCCCUGCCUCAACAGCAGCAGCAGCAGCAGCAGCAGCAGCAGCAACAACAUCAACAUAUUCAAAUGCAACAACUUCUGUUACAGAGGCAGCAGCAGCAGCAGCAGCAGCAGCAACAGCAGCAGCAGCAGCAACAGCAGCAGCAGCAACAGCAGCAGCAGCAGCAGCAGCAGCGUAGAGAGGGAGCUCAUCUUCUAAAUGGCACUGCAAAUGGGCUUGUUGGCAGUGAUUCGUUAAUUCGGCAGAGUCCUGGAACUGCUAAUGCAUUGGCAACAAAAAUGUAUGAGGAACGAUUGAAGUUGCCACUCCAAAGGGAUCCUAUGGAUGAAGCAUCCAUGAAGCAAAGAUUUGGUGAAAAUGUGGGUCAGCUAGUGGAUCCAAGCCAUGCGUCCAUGUUAAAAUCAGCUGCAACAUCUGGACAACCUUCAGGGCAAGUUUUGCAUGGUUCAUCUGGAGGCUUAUCGGGGACUCUGCAGCAGGUUCAGGCUAGAAACCAACAACUUCCUGGAUCAACACAGGAUAUCAAGACUGAGAUGAAUCCAAUUUUGAACCCGAGAGCUGCAGGUCCUGAUGGAUCACUAAUUGGAAUUCCAGGAUCUAAUCAAGCUGGGAACAAUUUGACUUUGAAAGGAUGGCCUCUCACAGGACUUGACCAGCUCCGUUCAGGAAUUCUGCAACAACAAAAAUCAUUUAUGCAGUCCCCGCAACCAUUUCAUCAACUUCAGUUUCUAAGUCCCCACCAACAACAGUUACUUCUUCAGGCACAGCAAAAUUUGACAUCCCCAUCAGCUGGAGAUGUUGACACCAGAAGGCUACGAAUGCUUCUGAACAAUAGAAGCAUGCUUCUUGGGAAGGAUGGUCAGUCAAACAAUGUUGGUGAUGUUAUUCCGAAUGUUGGAUCUCCAAUGCAAACUUCAUGCUCUGUUAUGCCUCGUGCAGAUACAGAUAUGCUAAUCAAGAAAAUAGCUCAGCUACAGCAGCAGCAGCAGCAGCAGCAACAACAAAGUAAUAGCCAACAGCAGCAGCUUCAACAGCAUGCUAUUUCAAGUCAGCAGUCACAAAAUUCAAAUCACCUUCUUCCUCAACAAGAAAAGCUCAGUACAGGCAAUGUAACAGUGGAUGGAAGCAUGUCAAGCUCCUUUAGAGGAACUGAUCAGGCUUCAAAGACUCAAGGUGGGCGCAAGCGAAAGCAGCCUGUCUCAUCCUCAGGUCCUGCCAACAGUUCAGGGACUGCAAACACUGCUGGACCUUCUCCAAGCUCAGCACCCUCAACACCAUCUACUCACACACCAGGAGAUGUAAUGUCAAUGCCACAAUUGCAACAUAAUGGUGGGUCAUCUAAGCCAUUGAUUGUGUUUGGCUCUGAGGGAACUGGAACUCUAACAUCACCAUCAAACCAGCUAUGGGAUGAUAAAGAUAUUGAAUUGCAGGCUGACAUGGACCGCUUUGUGGAGGAUGGAUCUUUGGAUGAUAAUGUUGAGUCUUUUUUAUCUCAUGAUGAUGCAGAUCCGAGAGAUACAGUUGGUCGCUGUAUGGACAUCAGCAAAGCUGCACUGUCAGGGUUUACAUUUGCUGAGAUUAGAUCAGCCCGAGCAAGUACAAAUAAAGUUGUCUGUUGCCACUUCUCCUCUGAUGGAAAACUGCUUGCAACUGGAGGCCAUGAUAAGAAGGCUGUUUUGUGGUACACUGAAACUCUAAAGCCAAAAUCUACAUUGGAAGAACACUCCUUGCUGAUUACUGAUGUUCGAUUUAGCCCAAGCAUGCCUCGUCUGGCUACAUCAUCUUUUGAUAAAACCGUUAGGGUCUGGGAUGCUGAUAACCCAGGCUAUUCACUUCGUACUUUUAUGGGCCAUUCUGCAUCGGUUAUGUCGCUGGACUUCCACCCAAAUAAAGAAGAUCUCAUAUGCUCUUGUGAUGGUGAUGGAGAAAUACGUUAUUGGAGCAUCAAUAAUGGUAGCUGUGCUAGAGUUUUUAAGGGUGGAACAGCCCAAAUGCGAUUUCAACCUCGUCAGGGAAGGUAUCUUGCAGCCGCUGCUGACAAUGCUAUUUCCAUACUAGAUGUAGAGACACAGGUUUGCAGGAAUUUGCUAAAGGGACAUAGGAAACAUGUUGAUUCUGUGUGCUGGAAUCCUUCGGGUGAGCUUCUGGCUUCUGUUAGUGAAGACUCGGUCAAGGUGUGGUCACUUGGUUCAGGGAGUGAAGGUGAAUGUGUGCAUGAGAUGAGCUGUAACGGGAGCAAGUUCCAUUCAUGUGUUUUCCACCCCGCUUAUCCAUCUUUGCUUGUCAUUGGCUGUUACCAGUCAUUGGAGCUGUGGGACAUGCCUGAGAACAAGACUAUGACUCUUCCGGCACACGAUGGUCUGAUUGCAGCAUUGGCAGUAUCAAAUGUAACCGGAUUGGUGGCAUCAGCAAGUCAUGACAAGUUCGUCAAACUCUGGAAGUAACCUAUUUUAAGCCACAGGACUCCGAGCAAUGUCUACUUUUCCCUGGUGCUUGUUCUUGAUUGUCUUGCGGUCCAGAUGGGAGCGGAAUGUUUGCAGCCCUUGGUGACUAUGAUAUCUUUCCAGGAUUUCUAACACCCGGUUUAGUCCAUUGUUGCAUUAUAAAUACUUCGCAUGUUAUGAACCAUGUGAGUGAUGGCUGGUGCUGCUGCAGCUGCUGCUUUUAGCUGCUAUGUUUUGCUUGCGGGUAGAUCUGAUUGAUACUCAUACAUGUUUAUUAACACAGGAAGUGCGUUGCACUGACUCCAACUUUUGUACAUACCUUAUAAAAUAUAUGCAUCCGUUUAUAGCAUCA